AUGGAGGACGACCUUGACCCUAACAAGUCAACAAAACAUCUCACAACUUUGAAACGCGUCUACAUGAAAGUAUUACAUCUGAUUGAGAGAGGCUGCAUUUUUGUGGGCCAUGCGCUAGUCAACGACUUCUCUACGCUGAACAUUCAUGUGCCGGCGAAACAGAUGAUUGAUACCGUGGAGUUAUUCCGUGUACCACAGCAACGUCUUUUCUCGUUACAGUUUCUUGCAUGGCAUCUACUUGGUUAG